CUUCGAAACCAGUCUGCACACCGAGUCACGUGAACAAACAUUUCCCGCCGUUUAAUAAAUCCGUCACGUUUACUGCACCAAACUUGUAAACAAAGACAAUGGCACCCCGAGAUUACGCAGCAGAAAAGGAAAAGAUCAAGACGUUUCUCCAGGAAUACUAUGUUGAUGGGUCAGAUGGUGGCAAAGACUUCGUCUAUGGACAGCAGCUGGUUAAGAUUGCACACAGAGAACAAGUUGGGCUGUGGAUUGAUCUGGAUGAUGUACAUAACCACGACCCAGAGCUAGAGGAGGCCAUUCGAGAGAACACUCGUCGCUACAUGCAGCUGUUUGCUGAUGUUAUACAGGAGCUCCUGCCUGAAUACAGGGAACGAGAGGUAGUACACAAAGACGCCCUGGAUGUUUACAUUGAACACAGACUUCUCCUGGAGCAGAGGAAUCACCCUGAUGGGGCCGAAGUCACUCGAGAUCCUCGCAACAAAUACCCUGCUGAACUCAUGAGGAGAUUUGAGGUGUACUUCAAGGCCCGCAGCAAUGAGAAGCAUGUGGCCAUUCGCGAGGUGAAGGCAGACUGCAUCGGCAAGCUGGUCAACGUGAAGGGCAUCGUCACCCGGGCAACGGAGGUGAAACCCAUGAUGCAGGUGGCCACAUACACCUGUGACACGUGUGGCAACGAGACAUAUCAGCCUAUUGCCUCCCCUUCAUUCAUGCCCUUGCUGAUGUGCCCCAGUACAGACUGCACCACCAAUCGGUCAGGCGGUCGUCUUUACCUGCAGUCACGAGGCUCCAAGUUUGUCAAGUUUCAGGAGAUAAAAAUACAGGAACAUAGUGACCAGGUGCCCGUAGGUAACAUCCCACGCAGCAUGACGGUGUACUGUAGAGGGGAGACCACCCGCACCGCCCAGCCUGGCGACCACGUCAGCAUCGCGGGGAUCUUCCUGCCCACCAUGAAACAGGGCUUCCAGGCACAGAGUGGACUUCUGUCUGAGACAUUCCUUGACGCACAUCGUAUAAUGAAGAUGAACAAGACAGAAGAUGAUGAACUGGGCGUUGAGGAGCUGGACGAAGACCAGGUCAAGCAGGUAGCAGAGGAGGACUUCUAUGACAAGCUGGCUAGCAGCAUAGCCCCGGAGAUCUACGGCCAUGAGGACGUGAAGAAGGCGCUGCUUCUGCUGCUUGUGGGCGGAGUGGACAAGUCACCACAGGGCAUGAAGAUACGAGGAAACAUCAACAUCUGUUUAAUGGGAGAUCCCGGUGUGGCGAAGUCACAGCUUCUGUCCUUCAUUGAUAGACUGGCACCCAGAAGUCAGUACACGACAGGGCGAGGUUCCUCGGGUGUGGGUCUGACAGCGGCCGUGAUGAAGGACCCCAUCACUGGGGAGAUGAUGCUGGAGGGCGGGGCCCUGGUGCUGGCUGACCAGGGGGUGUGCUGUAUUGACGAGUUUGACAAGAUGAUGGAUACAGACCGGACUGCCAUACACGAGGUCAUGGAGCAGCAGACUAUCUCCAUUGCUAAGGCUGGUAUUAUGACAAGUCUCAAUGCCAGAGUGUCUAUCCUGGCUGCUGCAAAUCCUGCCUACGGUAGAUACAACCCCAAGCGGACCAUCGAACAGAACAUCCAGCUUCCAGCAGCACUUUUGUCAAGAUUUGACCUCCUCUGGCUCAUACAGGAUAAGCCUGACCGAGAUAAUGACCUCAGACUUGCCCAGCACAUCACCUACGUACACCAGCACAACAUUCAGCCCCCAUCUCAGUUCACUCCUCUAGACAUGAAACUCAUGAGGCGCUACAUUGCACUGUGCAAGAAGAAGCAGCCUGCUAUCCCAGAGGAGCUUGCUGACUACAUCACGUCAGCGUACUGUGAGAUGAGGAAGGAGGCAAGGAAUGGCAAGGACAUGACCUUCAUGUCCGCCAGGACACUCCUCGCUCUGCUACGACUCUCCACGGCACUGGCUCGACUGCGUCUGAUGGACACAGUAGAGAAGGAAGAUGUUAAUGAGGCGAUACGUCUGAUGGAGAUGUCCAAGGACUCGCUUAACCCCGCACACGAUAUGCACACCAGAGCCCAGAAUGUUACAGACAAGAUCUUCAACAUUAUUCGCGAGAUGGUGCCUUCCAAGGGAGUUAAAUCUGUCAAGAUAUCUGACCUGAUGGAGCAGUGCACGUCUAAAGGCUUCAAACCGGACCAGGUGGAUGCGUGCAUCGAGGAGUAUGAGGAACUGAACGUCUGGCAGGUGAACCAGGCCCAUACCAAGGUCACCUUCAUCUAGGGGGUGGGAGCAUGGCUUGCUCCAUGUGAGACAUUUAUGUACAGAAAAAAAAUCUUCCUAAGCACAGUUAAUGGUAUUGAUACUGCUUUACUGCAUGAAAGUGUUAUAGGAAAUGUCAAGUGUCAGCUUAGAACAUAGUUUACUCCACUUCAUUAAGUAUCUGGAUUGUGAAAUAAAGACAAGAUGUGUUUCUGCUUGGCUAAUUCAAAUUGGAUAUUGAAGUCCCUUAUAUGUAGGGUAAUUUAGUUUUUUUCCAGGGUGAGUGACCAAUCAUGCCUAAAAUUGGGAAAUGUGUGUGGAGAAAUUCCUUGCAUGUAACAAAUCAUUUAAUUGGAGCAAUUGACACGAGUCUUGGAAAAUGUUGGGCCGUUAUAAAAAUGAAAUAGUCUGAUAUAGAAUUUAUUCAAGAUAUUAACACUAUAUGAUUAAAUUUUUAUUCAUUUGUUUAAAAUAUUAAGUGGAAUAAAGUGAAUUAAAUUAACAUUGAAAAUAUUGGUAGUGUCUGUGUACAAUUUCACCUCUUUGAAUUUAUGUAACUGUUAAAUUUACUAUAUAUGUAAUGGAAAAAAAAACAUUUUUGUGUAAAAAAGAAAGUUAAGUUCAUUAAUUGCAUGAAUUGAAAACAUGUGUUGCUGAAGAAUUUAUAUUGUGUACGGCAAUUUUAUUUUCAUCUAGACAGUGCAACCUUAAAAAUUAUUUUCUAACUUAAAUAAAUGAUAUAUAAAUAAUCAUGUUAGCAUAAUUAAUAAUUUGAUUCUCAUAAAAUGUAAUGCUAUUUAGACUGAAAUUAACUGAAAUUUAAUUGUAUUAGAUCGUUUUGUUUGGCAACACUUAAAUGUAAAAAUAAACUUUUAAUGUUCUUAUGCUUGCUUAUGUAAUAACAGUAAUGUGUUGUUAUGUACAUGCCAUUUGUACCAAAAAUGCUGCACCCAAUGUGUUCAACUAUAAGUGAAUGUGUUCAUUUCUAUUUAUCUAUUAAUCACUCUUAUAAUUCUGAAAUUUUUAGGUGUAAUUGGUGACUUUUGUAAAUAUGCGCAUUUGUUUGGUAUAUUACAAAUAUCAUUUUCGUAGAUAAUGUCAUGUUGGUCAUGAUUGUAAUAUUGAAAAAUAAACAUUUUGCCAGA